AUGGCUGUUUCGCCCCGUGGAUCGCUGCUGUCGCUGGACCGUCCUGCCAGCUGGGCUAUUCUUACCCUGGUCGGAUAUAGGGCAGAAGUGCAGGGAGACUUACACAGAAUCUGGACAAAAGAUCACCAGGUCCAGAUCUGCGCCCCAAUGAAGGACCCUCCUUUCGUGCUAUGUUCCACAGUCUCCACUGUGACUCCACCAGGUCCAUCUGGGGUUCCCGCUGCAACCGCUCCCUCCCUCUCGCGCUUUGCGCGCUUGCCGCAGUCUUUAAGCCGGGCUGGACGAGUCCACCGCAAGGGAUAA